AUGGCCGCUGCACGCGUUAUGCUCGAUGCCCAACAUGCUGAUCUACAGCGGCAAGGCAGUGAUACCAACUCAUACGUCCUAGGGACCAUGCAUAAACACAACAUUGUCAUAGCCUGCUUACCAGCAGAUCAAUAUGGGACAAACAAUGCCGCAAGCGUUCUCAGCAACCUGAAAAACACUUUUCCAAAUAUCAGAAUUGGUCUUAUGGUCGGAAUUGGUGGCGGAGUUCCUACCAAGGCCGAUAUACGACUUGGAGACAUUGUCGUAGGAAUCAGAGUCAUGCAGUUUGAUCUCGGAAAGACAUUGAGUGAGAGAUUUCAGAGGACAGCUAUUCCGAAAAUACCAGACAGCUCUAUCCGGACAGUCAUUUCGAAUCUACGAUCUCAGCAUGAGUUGAGGAGUAGCCGGGUUUCACUGAUUCUGAAGGAUAAGAUGAGCGAGUACCCUACAUACUGGCUGCCAGACGAGCCGGACCGCCUUUUUGAAUCGACGUAUAACCACGAGUCCUCAGAGCCAACCUGUGAUGAAUGCGACCAGUUGAAGCUGGAAGCAAGAAAGAUUCGUGGUUCAACAGAUCCUGUCAUUCAUUACGGGGCCAUUGCCUCUGGGAACCAGGUCAUGAAAGAUGCAACUAGUCGCGACGAGAUCGCUCGCGAACUGGAUGUUAUCUGUUUCGAGAUGGAAGCUGCAGGACUCAUGGACAUAAUGCCCUGUCUGCCAAUUCGUGGCAUAUGUGACUAUUCUGACUCCCAUAAAGCUAAAGAAUGGCAACGAUAUGCAGCAGCAACAGCUGCGGCCUAUGCCUAUGAGUUUCUAGAGGUUUGGGGAGGAGAUCCUCAGUCAAUUGAAGCUGAUUUCCCACUGCCCCAGAAUGGAAACAUUGCACCAUCUGGGCGCCGUGAAAUCUUGUUGGAGUCCCUUGAUUUCGAAGACAUUGACUCUCGGAAGAUCACAAUCAAAGCUGCUUAUUCCAAAACUUGCCAGUGGUUUCUCAAGCAUCCCGACUACCUUUCUUGGACAAAUCCAAAAGACAUAUUACAACACCAUGGCUUUUUUUGGAUCAAGGGCAAGCCAGGAGCUGGUAAAUCGACAAUAAUGAAAUUCCUUUACUUGAGGGCAAAGAGAAAGGACCGCAAUUCUCAAAGCUUAACUGGUUCUUUCUUUUUCAACGCUCGUGGAGAGGAGUUAGAAAAGACUGUUUCCGGCAUGUAUCGAUCAUUGGUGUUGCAACUUCUCAAGGGCUUUCCUGAUCUUCAAUGCGUCUUGGACGACCCUGAGUUAGUACCUCGAGGUCAAGCGGGUUGCCCCUCGCUGAACAUCCUCAAAGACCUUCUUCGAAGCGCAGUUUUGAAACUGGAUCAAAGGUCUUUCACCUGUUACAUCGAUGCUCUCGACGAGUGUGACGAGCAGCAAGUGAUGGACAUGGUCGAAUAUUUUGAAGACCUCGCCGAACAAUGUGCCGAAGAUGGCGUGCGACUUCAAGUAUGCUUCUCUAGUCGCCAUUACCCAUUCGUCGACAUUAGGGUGGGUCUUUGUCUCAUUUUAGAGGAACAAGCAGGCCAUACCGGUGACCUCGAGACUUAUAUCAAAUCUCAUCUACGAGUUAGAGACCCAUCACUCCUUGCAGAGCUCCAAGAAAAGAUGCUCGAGAAGGCUUCUGGGGUGUUCAUGUGGGUUGUUCUUGUUGUUGAGGUAUUGAAUGUCGAGAACCGUCGUGGUAGACUUUCCUUGAAGACAAGACUCGAAGAGGUUCCUAGUGGCUUGAGUGAGUUGUUCAAGGAUCUUUUGAGGAGAGAUAAUACCAACCUGGAAGAGCUACUGCUUUCUAUCCUCUGGAUUCUUCUCAGUGAACGACCGUUGAAACCAGAAGAAUAUUAUCAUGCUCUUUGGUCAGGCCUAUCCUUGGAAGGGUUAGCAGACGUUGAACCGCCAACAAUUAACGUAGCAGACGCCAAUGAUUGCUUUGGUCGAUGUGUGGUCAGCUCAUCGAAGGGUCUUGCCGAAAUCACAAAGGCCAAGCAUCCAACAGUUCAAUUCAUACAUGAGUCGGUUCGAGAUUUUCUCAUCAAAGACAAAGGCCUUCAUGAGUUAUGGCCAGAGCUUGGGGCGGAUUGGGAAAGUUCUGGCCAUGACAGGCUGAAGCUAUGCUGCCAAUCUUAUGUCAAAUUUGUUGGGACUCAAGAGCUGCCCCUACGCCGAUUGGAUAUUGACAAGUCCUAUCCUUUUUUGGAAUAUGCCAGCCAACUCGUUCUGCAUCAUGCCGAUCGUGCUAGUGAUGUUGUUUGCCAGGAAGCUUUCUUGGAUCAUUUUCCAACUGCUAUAUGGAUCAACGUUGUCAACAUUUUCGAGAAGUUCAAGAUUCGCAGAUACACUAAGAAUGCAACACUUAUUUACAUACUGGCAGAUCGGCGCCACUCUGGUCUCAUACGAGUAUUGAUCGAGGCUAAUCCUGACAAUCUUGACAUCAACCGUCCAGUAAAGAAAGCAAGAUACCGAUAUCCCCUCAUAGUUGCCAUGGUUAAGGGAGGCAAAGGCCAUGCAGGGAUAGUCAGGAUGCUCCUCGAUGCAGGAGCAGACAUUCACUCUUCCAACAACUAUAAUAUUCCUCUGCUAUGUCUAGCUGCAGGUCAGACUAAUGAGGAGACGUUGAAGGUCUUGUUGGAAAGAGGGGCAUCUGUCCAUCAGGUAGAUUUCUUCGAUAGGACACCACUUCAUCAUGCUGCAUGUCAAAAAGGGUCAUUGGGGAUAAUGAAAGAGCUAUUUAGACAUGGAGCAGACAUUCAUGCCCGAGAUGAUAGUGGCGCCACAUGCCUUUUGACAGCUGCGGAGCAUGCCAAGGUGGAAGAGGUGACACUUCUGAUCAAGCACGGAGCAGAUGUCAAUGCUCAAGAUCAAUUGGGCCGAACGUGCCUACAUAAGAUAGCUAAACGCCAUCGCUCUUUGCCUUCAUUGGAUCACCUACUUCAAAUUCUUGCUAUAUACAAGGUUGAAACGAAUGCCAGUGACAUAUUUGGUGAUACACCUUUGCACGUUCUGUGGCUCGCUCACUCCGACAAUCUAUCACCUUUUCUCAACCAAUCUAACUUGGAUCUCAACGCGCAAAACCAUGAAGGGUGGACACCAUUGCACCGUGCUUCCAAUGGUGGGAGAGCUGAUUUGGUGGCAAUGUUGAUAGAGCAUGGCGCAGAUGUCAAUUUGACAGACAACAAAGAUCGAACGCCACUGGAUUAUGCAUGGACAGAGGGAGUUGCCCAAAUUCUCACCACAAAGGGUGGGAAAAGAGGUUUCAUGUAA